CUUGACACCCUCGGGGAUCUACCUAUUGCUCUAGGAAAACUUUUGCUCACCUGUGACUCACACUCAGCUUUCGGCUGCAGCGGAGUGCACUGUAUAGCAAGCUUAAGCUUUACAGUUUGUAUACCCUACUGGAAAACACCGUUAUACACUCGCCCCUGGAAGUCGGUACUUGCAGCUAGGAGUAUAAAUCAACGUUGUUGAGUAGUGAUCUGUGUGUAUCAUCACUUUUCCAACCAACACGAGGGACACCUCUUCUCCCAUCACUUCCGCCGGCAUCCACAAAUUUCCACCCACACACCACCAACAUGACUGCCCAGAAUGGCAACAUCAACCAGGGGUUUGAGGAGGGAGGAACAGAGAAGCCGGAGGCCACCGCGGAGGCCACCGUGGAGGUCGUCGUGGCUGAGCAGGAGUCAGGCGCCCAAGGCAGAGAACAAUGGUCCAGUCCAGUGGAGUUCCUGCUGUCCUGCAUUGCCAUGUCCGUGGGCCUUGGCAAUGUGUGGAGGUUCCCGUUUGUGGCCCUGGAUAACGGCGGAGGAGCCUUUCUCAUCCCAUACAUCCUUGUGCUCCUCUUUAUCGGCAAGCCUCUCUACUACAUGGAACUUUGCUUGGGUCAAUUCUCCUCAUAUGGCUCCGUAAAGGUGUGGGCGAUAUCGCCUGCCUUCAGAGGUGUGGGCUAUGGACAGGCUAUAGCUACGUGGGCAGUAGUGACCUACUAUGUGUCUCUAAUGGGCCUCACCGUGUACUACUUCUUCGCCUCCUUCACUAGCGAGCUGCCGUGGUCAGUGUGUGGUAAAUGGUCCUCCAUCACCUGCGUGGACUCGAACACAACUGCAAACGAACUCGCGGCCAAACUAGGAGUCAACGCCACCAGCCUAACCUCAGCUGCUGAGGAAUAUUUCUCGAAGGAAGUUUUGCAAAAAGAUCCCAUGGGCCUCGCUAAUGGACUGGAUGUUCCCGAGUGGCGUCUCACACUGUGUUUGCUCUUCUCCUGGGUAAUACUCUUCGUGGUGUUGGCCAAGGGUGUUCAGAGCUCAGGAAAGGCUGCCUACUUUACCGCCCUCUUUCCCUACGUUGUGCUUUUCAUCAUGCUGAUUCGUGGAGCCACUCUGAAAGGAGCCUUGAAUGGUGUACUCUUCUUCAUCACACCUAGAUGGGAAAAACUUCUGGAACCCGGGGUGUGGUACGCUGCUGUUGACCAGUCGUUCUUCAGCCUCUCCGUUGGCUUCGGCUCCAUCGUUAUGUUCUCUUCAUACAACAGCUUCCGCCACAAUGUUUACCGGGACGCUGCUAUCAUCUCCGUCACUGACACACUCACCUCACUCCUCGCUGGCUUCACCACCUUCGCCAUUUUGGGCCAUCUAGCAGAUCUUCUUGGAGUCGAAGUUAAGGAUGUUGUUAAAGGCGGUGGUACGUCUUUGGCCUUCGUCAGUUAUCCUGACGUAUUGUCCAGAUUUCAGUACGUCCCUCAGCUAUUCGCGGUGCUGUUCUUCCUCAUGUUAUUUACCUUGGGUGUGGGCAGUGCCUCCGCUCUCACCGGCUGCAUCAUCACCAUUAUCUGUGACGAUUUCCCUAACUUCAAGAAGUGGAUUGUGACGCUGGUGGUGUGCAUCGCUGGGUUCCUACUUGGCCUCUUCUACGUCACUCCUCAGGGCCAGUUUGUCCUCGAGCUCAUCAAUUACUAUGGAGGAGGCUUUAUCAUCUUCAUCUUGGUGGUGUGUGAGAUCGCUGCCGUUCAGUGGGUGUAUGGCUUCAAUAACUUCUGCCGCGACAUUGAGUUCAUGUUAGGUAGGAAGACUGGCCUCUAUUGGAAGUUCUGCUGGGCCUUCCUCAUCCCUGUGCUCCUCUCUGUUAUCUUCAUCUACAGUCAAGUCACUGCCAAGCCCCUGACAGCCGGCACAUAUGUUUUCCCAUCUAAUAUUACAGCCGUCGGUAUCUGCCUGGCCGUUCUGGCAUGUUCCAUGGUACCAAUCUUCUUCUUCGUGGAGGUCAUGCACCGACGCAAUGACGUCUCCUCGCUGUGGCAAGCCAUAGUGAAGAGCUUCAAGCCCACUGCCGAGUGGUGCCCCAAGGACCCCCUUAUUCGCCAAGAAUACAGACAAUUCACCGAUGUUAAUAAGCCUGCUCUGGAAGGUAUUGAUAACCCAAUUCCCCCAGUGGAUUCCACGAUCUCGAUGGCGUCCCUCCAUAACGGAACUCACCCAACCUUCACACAGUACAACACGAGUGUGUGAUGCAGUGACGUGUCUCAGAGGUACAACCUCGUAGUAAAAGUCUGCAAGUUGGAAUCUCUCACGUGGGAAAGUUAGCGGCAGAACUGCAGAGCUGAGGAUGAAUUGUCCGUCUUGUCUCUCAAGGAUGACAGAUUCUGAUAAAGUUGGUAGAAUUACCGACAAUAUGUAAAGUAAAACGACACAAGUGCAACUAAUGUGACAUUUUAUUGUGGCAACGUUUCGCUCUCCAGGA